GGGAUACCGUAUCUAUUUACCCGAGCAGUACCGAGAGCAGUCACUCUCUCGUAGCGUCAGGGGAAAGCGUUAAGAUCUCAGCUUGGACUGCCGAUUAUUCAAUUAGAAGCGAAAAAUAAGUAAGUAAGCAAAAUUAAAAAUGAAGUUCGCGAGCGGCCACACGGGUACACUUCUGGAAGGAGCUGAAAUUGAGACACAGCGGAAGGACUUCACGGGUUACAAGGACCUAGUUCGGCUGACCCCCGGCAGAUGGCUCUUCCCAGCAGCGUACACGCCUUUUGCUGACAGGAUUUAUAACUUCAAGCACAAGCCCAACGAUGUGGUCAUCAUGACCUAUCCGAAAUGUGGCACCACUUGGAGCCAAGAGAUCAUCUGGACGAUGAGGAACAACCCUGAUUUAGAUAAUCCCAAGGCGGACAUACCCGUCAUGAUCCGGGCACCUUUUAUUGAGGCGGACAUGCUGUUCUCGGGCGAGAGGAGUGAAGAGGAUUACACGCAACACCCGGCCUACCAGUUCUUCCAGAAGGCGUGUCCAGGCAAGGACUGGAAAGACGGUGUCUACAUCCAGCUAUCCGAAGCCCUUGAGGAGCCUAGGACGAUCAAGACCCACCUGCCGUUUUCCCUCAUGCCGCCCGAUAUGCUGGACACCUGCAAAGUUGUCUACGUAGCCAGGAACCCCAAGGACGUGGUGGUAUCCUACCCACCACCAUUCAAGGAUCAUAAAAUUGCACGGGCUUCGCCGGAAGCUUCGAAGAAUUCGUCCAAUACUUCGUCGACGGAGAUCGUAAGAUUUUUUUAA